GUGUGUGAGUGUGUGUGUGUGUGUGUGUGGGCCGAACAGGAAGCGCAGAACAAUUAAACCCGUGUGUGUCGAAGGAGAGAGAGAGCGAAUGAGAGAGAGAGAGAGAGAGAGAGAGAGAGAGUAAACGUGUCGAAGUUGUUUUGGGGCGUCAGGAGCUAAAAAAAAACCCCACGCACACACCAUUAUAAAUAGUGGCGUGUGAGGAGAGGAUGUGAGCCUUGGUGGAGCUGGAUAUCUAAAGACCGAGCACAUGGACGGGAAAGAAGAGCGCGCGGACGCUCGCGAGUCUUACACCAUGCUCACGGAGCUGGACGCGAUCGCGCGCAGCCACCGCACACUGCGGCGCGAGCUCUGCAUCAGCCGCCUGGUCAUUCUUUGCCUCCUGAUCACCUGCAUGGUGGUCUGUGGCGUCACGUACAUCCAACAGGUUCCUGGAAGCAAGAAUAAUGAAAACGUGCACAAGGAAAAGGCCAACGAAACAAGGGCAGAAUUCCUAACCGACGGCCAAGAGAACGACAUCGCCGACGCUCAGACGCCCCUCGUGGCUUCCCUGACCCUUGAAAAGAGCCUUUACUCGGUUAGCGCCAACCUGACGUGGAAGAGUUAUCAUAUCCUCCUGAACGACUUCUGUUUGACGGACUCCGGCGAGUCUCUGCGCAUACCUCACGAUGGCAGGUACAAACUCAGCCUGCUGAUAACGUACUGGGAACGAGACCCUCAGGCGGGGCAGUCUGUGCUGACUCACAUCAUCAAUAACUAUCCCAUCGGUUACAACAAGCCCGUGACCAUCCUGUCCGUCUACGAAACCGUUUACAAGACCAGCACCUGGUACAAAUCCGUGUUCUCCGAAGUCGUCCAUGUGUUCAACGAGGGGGACAGAGUCAAGGUGCAGAGCGAAAACGCCAGUCUCAUUGACAGUGCUGGACAACCGUCGACGAAGAACCUUCUCACAGUCCAGUUGAUUUCUAGAUUAUAGGACUUUUAAUGAACUCUUUAGCAAGAAGAUCAAGAAGAUCGAACACACACCACACAUAUACACUAAACCAGUGGUCCUCUUCCUUGAGAUCGACCUUCCUGCAGGUUUCACCUCCACGACCAAAAGCCAACGCACCUGUUGUAGUCUAGCCAGGACCUCGGGAAGGUAGAUCUCCAGGAACCGGGUUGGUGACCACAGCACCAAACGAAUCAAAGCUAACUAACAACUCCAACGUUGCAGAGUGUGAUUAGACGGGGGGAGGGGGGGGGACAAACUGUACUGUACUUUCUUGACCUUUUUCUGUUCUCGGCCAAUAGCAGGUGCUGUUAUUGUUCCAGCCAAGUGAAUUAUUUUGUAAUAUUUUAUCAUGCCUAAUAUUGUGGGUUGAAAAUAUAUAUCUAUAUUUUUUAUAUUGGUAGGCAUGAUACCCCGGAAGAUACACUGAAGGUACACGACCAGUAACCUGAGCUAAGGUAUAAUAAGUUCCAGCAUUAAAUAUUGUUCGAUAGAGCAACACUAACAUUACAAAAACUAAACGAAACAUGGUGCUAAACUAAACAAGUGCCAUUUAAGCUCCAGGACAUAUAUUAAAGGGAUAUUAAUCAACGCAUUAAUCCGACUUUCACAACAAAGCUAUGUUUAUGUUGUGACAAAAACGCUCGAUGGGAUGGCGUAGAAGCGGCGUUAGCGCAGGAAGCGGUGUACGGCUAGGACCUGGAGCCGCAGCCUGCCCACCGUCCAAAAUACGUCCAGAGGAAUGAAGAAAAAUAAAUAAAUAAAUAAAUCAGCGCAGUGUGGAAUUUCUGUCGUAAUCAUACGAUCGAUGUCACCACGUGUUUCGCUAGACGGCCAGCUAGCCGUCAGACGCUAGUUUAGUCGCUAGCUUUCGAAUUCAAAUACGGUUAGCACCGACACACUGAAGAGCUGAUCGGAAAAGUGUUCGACUUCCUGCUGAUGUUUCCUCACCGAAAAAUAUUUAGUAUCGUAUUCUAUUAAAAAAAAAAUAAUAAAAGAAGAGAAAAAAAAAGAAGUUUUAAGCUAACGUAAGGCGACGACGUAAUCGUGACUCGGUGAACGAGACGUCUUUUUUUGCGACGUAACGUACCCACUGCGAGUCAAACGAACCAAAUCAGGGACGAUUUCAAUCUCUCUUCCAUCUUGUGUUUGUUUUUUUGCUUUUUUUUUAAAUUAUUAUUUUUAUUUAAUUCGAAACGUCGCGUUUUGUAUUUCAGCCCGCUCCGCGAUUGUAGAGAUGAACUCCGUGAUAUUCGGAGAAUCCUGCGGGGGGGGGUGUCCCCCCCCCCUUUGCGUAUCGCCAACGUUAUUCGCGGUAAAUAUCUGACGACAUCUUUCACGCUAGUGAAAGAUCUGCUCGGA